CUCCUCUCUUCGCUCAGCAAGCUGAAGCGUUUUGCGUGCUCGUACACAUUCACAACUGUCGUCGAUCCGUAGCUUCCUCUUCCGAUCGGCGACACGCAGCGAUUUGCACUAGAUGCCUGCUCGUUCUGUUGCAUCCAUGCACCUUUGCAUCUUGCGUGGCUGCACAUGGCCUACAGACGCAUGGGUAUGGAUAUGCGGGACGGAUACAGCAGGACCGUCGUGUCGUUCUGCUCGGCUUCCGUCGCUUCAGCGCCAUUCUCCCCGUCGGGCUGAUGUAACAGCAGCACUCGCGCGGUCUAUCGUUUUAGAAGCCGAUGUGAACUUAUGGGGCUAAAGUAGAGAUGAUCGCUUGGCCUGAACCCGGAGCAGCUUCUUGGCAGGGGCUGAUAUGGAGGCUUCAAGCGUUAAUUUGGAAGCUGG